AUAUUUUCAAAUAUGAAAAACAUAAUUGUUGAAACGGGAGGUAUAAAUCGUCCAAUGUACCCAAUGACAUUUUUACAAUUCAAAGCAACCCUGCACAGCACUGUCACUGGUUUCAUUGUUUACAUUCUUGGCGGCGCACGUGUACCGCAAAGUGAAUAAAUACAACUAGGAUAAUAUUUGCGUGUUUUGCAUCGUCUUAUUUACUUGGAUAACUAUGGAAGGCGUCGGACAAUUAUUUGGAAGCAUUCUCGACAGUGACGAUAGUUUAGUGGCCGUAUUUCUCAACAAUUUGGACGAACAUCAAUCAUUUUGGACAGACCCUCAAAAUGAUUUGGAUAGAAUAUUCGCUAGAAUCGGCGCAUUGAUAACCGGGGCCAGCAUGCGUGAUCGUGGUUUGAACAUUCUUACUCACCUUCUGUCCAACUGCCCACUGGAUAUCGUUGAAGAUAAGGCUCAAUUCUACAUGAACAUUUGCUUGAAAGUGUGUAACCAGCGUGGCCCAAAGCAAACAAUUCCGCUUGUGUACGAACUUUUGCAGCAACUUAUCCAUCGUUCUCUGGGUUCGAACGAACUGCACAAACUGUUUGUGAGCAAUUUACCCAAAUUGUUGGAAUCUGUCGGAUCUACCAUACCACCGUCGGUGGUACCGUCCGCUUUAAGCUUCCUGGAAGUGGCAAUGCAACAUUAUCCGGGUGCAUGCGGUCCAAUGAAAAAUCGUAUCGAAUCGUUCCUUUACUCUUUGGUCGAUUCUACUAACCGGGUCGUAAUCAACAGAACGGCCCGCUGUUUGCUGCUGUUGCAGCAGAUUCGUGGUGGCGGUCAGCAUGGCACCUUGCAUAAGAAAGCCUGGCAAGAAUACUACCUUAAACUUGUCGACACGAUUCACGAUCUGUUGAACAAAAUAUUUGCUCACACUCCCGAAACGUUCGAUGAAGAGGAAAACUUGGAAUGUUUAAAGCUAUCGCCAAUGCCGAACAAUAUCCAUCCUAUCUGCAAAGCUCAGCUACUGGCGAUUCGUGCCGUUAAUUUGAUAACUUUCCUUGAUCAAGCCAUUGUGGGAGCGUACCCCGUUCCGAAACCGAUUACCCCCUUCAAAGCAUUGAAUCUAAUCCUCCGUGGGCUGUCCGUGUCCUGUGAAGCGAUGGGCAAAAAUCCGAUUGCGGAAAACAUUGCCUUCGGAACAUUCCUACCAUCAAUCCACGUUGGGCUGCUGGAAGUGUUGGAUGGGUUAGUGCUGGCGCUCGGUACCAAUAUGCUAAUGUUUGGCGAGUCAAUUUGUGGAAUAUUCCCAAAAUGUCUCCGAGCGACACAAGGCAAGCGGAACGAUUCGGAAGGCACGAAAAAGUCCUUUACCCGCUUGCGAAAGAAGAUUUACGAAAGUAUCCAGCUGUGGUGCGAAAAGAUGCGUUACGGCAGUACCAUCGAGAUGGUAAACGAGCCACUGCUGGAGCAAAUAGUGCGAGACUUUACCCCGUACGAAAGUGAGGUAACGCUGCAGAUGGGUGCAAGCGGCAAUAAGCGACUGUCGUCCAGAGCAAAGAGGAAGCUGCAAAAGGAACAGAAUGCGGCCACGGCUCUCAAUCAAAACCAUUCGAACAAGAGCGGAAUUUCGGAACACAAGGACGAGCUCAUUGAUGUAGGGAACGAAACACUUUGCCAGGCGGCGUUAGAAUGCCUAUCCGUUAUCCUUCAGUCGGCUGGUUGCUUCAUAAAGCCCGUCACCCAUAAGCUCUUGGAGGAGAAACUAGUUCCGCUAUGUUUUUCGCUCGUAUCAAACCAUCAGCUAACUGGGCUUUACAGUAACGAUAACGUACGUGUAGCUCUGCUACGCGCAUAUGCGGCACUGAUUGUGAAUCCACACCAUCACUGUCCACCACCGUUGCAGUAUGCGAGCUACAUUUUCAACACACUGCAAACGACCGAUUCUAGCACGGUUGUACGUUCCGUGGCAGCUGAGUUAGCUCGCACGAUGGAACUGGUGGUACAUCCUUGGAAGGAAACACUAUACUUCCCCGCAGAUAAAUCUGCCAUUAAGGAUGCGUUGGCAAACAAAGACAAACACCCGUUGGCAAUGAUGGUAGUGAAGCAAUCAGCAACAAUAAAAUAUACCACCAAUGGAAAUGGACAUUAUGCAGGUAAUGAUAGUAUCGAUGCUGUAAAUUCAUCGCCACUCAUACCACCAAGUGGUAUUUCACCGAAAAAGUUGGAAACUAAUAACACUGAAGAAAUAGAAUACGAAAGCGAUGGAGAAAUCAACGAAUCGCUAGCCGUAACGGAAGCGAGCGAUGAAUCGAUGUGUGUUGACGACGAACAAGAAACUACCAACCCGAAUUCUAAUGGAUGGGUAGAACACGUAACCGUAUCCUCGUUGGAUGAUACUAAUGAUAAAGAAAAAGCAAACGAACCACAGCUUGCUGUGCCGGAUGGAACGGAUUGUUAUGACGAAGGGGUCAUCCAUCGCACGGACGAAGAUGAUGAUGAUGAUAAACCCGAAGAUUCUGCUGUUGUUUCGAUACUGGAUAGUGAUGAGGAACAGCAAAAUGAAGACGAUGUUGUGGAAGCUGCGAUGGAAGUGGACUUACGUGUAAAGGAAGUGGAUGUGGCAAAGGUUCCUUCAAAGCAUACCAUUACAUCGCAAACGAAGGAUGAUGAAGCAGAAGGUGGAUCAGCGAAAAAGGCCAAACUUUCGCAAGACAACUGCAAUGGCACGGGGAAAGCUAAAAACAUUGACGAUAUCGUAAAUGAGAUGGUUGCCGAGUUCGUUGACGAACCGUAGUUUGAACCGCGAAACGGAUUAGUUGUUAAGGCAUCCAAAUAAUUAAUGUUCUUGAAAGAUAUGUAUGUUUAAUAAAGCACUGCUAAAUUGCUAGCAGAUAUCAUAC